AUGGCGCUGGAUCCGCGCUUCUAUCGACAUAUCGGCCAGAGCUCCGGCCCUGGCUCGAUCUCGUCUGCGACAUCCUCCGACUCCUCCGCCCUCACUAGCAUCACUUCGCCAAGCGUGAUUUCGACUUCAGCAUCUAUCGCGACAAUGCGAUCAAGCGCGUCCAGCCCGUCACUGCGCGCCAGGAAAAGCGUCUCUAUACCGGUUGGCCGCCAAGACGGAAUCGCCAGUCCUUCGCCCGGUGGGAAUGUGCGCGUCGUGGUGCGAGUGCGGAAGUUCCUCCAACGAGAGCUCGACCGACAAGCAGAAUGCCUGAUCGCGAUGGAUCCCCACACCCAAAUGACCAGCCUCAGAGCGCCGAAGCCGAGCCCCGGCGAUCGCGGAAAGCCCAAAUCACAAGCGCGAGGGAAAGUUCUCGAAGACAAAUCAUUCACCUUUGAUAACUCCUUCUGGUCGCAUGACGAUGAAGAUGAGCAUUAUGCACACCAAGAGGACGUGUACAACUGCCUGGGCGAGGAAUUUCUCGAUCACAACUUCGAAGGCUAUCACACGUGCAUAUUCGCCUAUGGCCAGACUGGUUCAGGAAAGAGUUAUACUAUGAUGGGAACACCGGAGCAGCCAGGGUUGAUUCCUCGGACCUGCGAGGAUCUAUUCCAGCGCAUAGAAUCGUCGCCAUCCCCCGACAUCAGCUACAACGUUCGAGUAUCUUACUUUGAGGUCUACAACGAGCAUGUGCGAGACUUGCUAGUCCCUCGAACUGACCCUCCGCAUUACCUUCGAAUCCGCGAGUCUCCAUCGGAGGGCCCAUAUGUGAAAGACCUGACGGAAGUGACGGCGAGGAAUUAUGCCGAACUGAUGAGAUAUAUGCGCAAGGGCGACCUAUCACGUACAGUUGCAAGCACCAAGAUGAAUGAUACCUCUUCACGAUCGCAUGCUGUGUUCACCAUCACAUUGAAGCAAAUUCAUCACGAUCUUUCUACGGAUGAAACAACGGAGCGAACGGCUCGCAUUAGAUUGGUUGAUCUCGCAGGUUCCGAGCGCGCCAAAGCGACCGAAGCGACUGGUGCGCGAUUGCGCGAAGGAUCCAACAUUAACAAGUCUCUGACUACGCUUGGUCGAGUCAUUGCGGCUCUGGCUGACCCAAAGAAGAUUCGAGGAGGUCGAAAGGGCAAGGAGCUAGUGCCGUAUCGUGACUCGAUCCUGACAUGGCUUCUGAAGGACAGUCUGGGCGGUAAUUCCAAGACGGCCAUGAUUGCCUGUAUCUCUCCCGCCGACUACGAGGAAACGCUUUCGACUCUGCGUUAUGCCGAUCAGGCCAAACGCAUCCGGACUCGCGCUCGCGUUAAUCAAGACCACGUUUCGGCUGCCGAACGUGAUCAGCAGAUUGCUGAGAUGGCCGAGACCAUUCGAACACUCCAACUGAGCGUGAGCCAGGCACAUGCCAAUCAGCGUGCGACCGAGUUGCAGGAUGAGAGAAUGGAGGAAUACCAACAAAAGGUUGAGAAGAUGCAGCGACUCAUGGAGGAAACCAAGAUGGUUAGCGAGUGCAAAAUUCGCCAAUUACAAACCGAAAACGAGGCUCUUCGCAUGCACUUGAAGCUCGCGCUAGAGAGUCUCAGAAACCCUAUUCCACCCGUCACUCUCGAACCCCGUCGAAGCCUAUCGUCAUUAGCGGAAGAGGAACAAUUACCAGACACCGACCAAGAGAACCGGGAGGGCUCCCCCGUUGUCGAGCCAUCCGACUCCGAGCCAGAGGUCUGGGAAGACGACGACGAUGAUGAAUACGACGAUGACGACACAAUCACCCUUGACAACAGUGAACAGGAAGCAUACCAGAUGCAGGAGCGCAUGCAAGAUUUGCUCGGCGAUCUGGGCGUUUUCAAGCGCAAGCUCGCAACUGAUCACGAACGCUGGCGUCCCAAUGAACAUUCGAGGACCCGCAAGCGACGUGUGCUUGGAACUAUCGCUGCUAACAAUCGUUAG